AUGUUUAACGGAAUGAUGGAUCCGGAGUUAAUGAGAAUGGCUCAGGAGCAGAUGAGUCGCAUGUCACCAGCUGAUCUAGCUAGGAUUCAACAACAGAUGAUGUCCAAUCCGGAUCUAAUGAAAAUGGCUACUGAAAGCAUGAAAAGCUUGAGGCCUGAAGAUUUGAAGCAAGCUGCAGAACAGUUUAAGCAUACCCGUCCAGAGGAGAUGGCGGAGAUUAGUGAGAAGAUGGCCAAAGCAUCACCUGAUGAUAUAGCUUCCAUGCGUGCGCGGAUGGAUGCUCAGGUUUCUUAUGAGAUAAAUGCAGCCGAGAUGCUGAAGAAACAGGGGAAUGAUCUUCACAGUCAGGCCAGGUACAAAGAGGCCCUGCAGAAAUAUUUGCAUGCUAAGAAAAACCUGAAAGAUGUUCCUAUCUCAAAAGGCAGGAGUCUCCUGUUGGCUUGCUCUCUUAAUAUGAUGUCAUGUUACUUGAAAACCAGGCAGUAUGAUGAGUGUAUCAGGGAAGGCACAGAGGUUUUAGGAUAUGAAGCAACAAAUGUCAAAGCCCUUUACCGAAGAGGUCAAGCAUAUAAAGAAUUGAGGCAAUUCGAAGAUGCAGUGUCUGACUUGAGUAAAGCUCACGAAGUUUCUCCUGAAGACGAAACUAUUGCAGAUGUCUUAAGGGAGGCGAAGGAAAGAUUGAGCGAACAAGGCAAUGAGCGUCCUUCGAGAAAAGAAACUGUUUCUUGCAACAACCGUGAAAGUUCACCAUCAGAAAUUUCUGGACCACCACAAGAAACCAGUCGAUGCUCUACGAGUCCAACUGAGAACCUUAGGGAGCCUCUAUCUACGAAUCCUGGGUAUUUGGAGGCACUAAAAGACGAUCCCGAAUCUAUCAGAUCCUUCCAAAACUUUAUUUCUCGAACUGAUCCUGAAACCUUGUCUGCCAUUAAUGGUGGAAGAGUUGAUGGCAUGUCUCCUGAUAUGGUAAAGACUGCUUCGAAUAUUAUUGGCAAGAUGUCCCCUGAAGAACUUCAAAAAAUGUUUCAGAUGGCUUCCUCCUUCCAAGGGAAAAAUCCAAUGUCCAGCUUUAGCCCUGGAUCGGUUCCAACGGACAUGUCACCUGACAUGCUUAAGACCGCGAGUGAAAUGAUGGGUAAGAUGCCACCAGAAGAACUUCAAAAGAUGUUUGAAAUGGCCUCCUCUUUGAAGGGUAAAGAGGUGGGAUCAUCAACAGCAUCUUUACAUUCUAGUUCUGGCUCAGUUCCACCCGAUGUGACGCCUGACAUGCUUAAGAUGGCAACUGAUAUGAUGGAUAAGAUGUCAGCAGAGGAACGUCAAAAAAUGUUUGAAAUUGCAUCAUCUUUGAGAGGGACAGAUACGGCAUCGACAUCAGCUUUUCAUCCUAAUGGAUUCAUGUCAGAUGAUGAUUCUAAAGCUAAAGAAGAUUUCAGAGCAAAUGGUGAUCAUGUUGGUGAAAGUAGUUUUUCGAGUUUGCAUUCAACGAGUGCGCCUCUAUCAAGCUUGUCAAGUUCGAGUACUAACCUGCAGGAACAAAUGAGAAACCAAAUGAAAGAUCCAGCUAUGCGACAGAUGUUCACGUCCAUGGUUAAAAAUAUGAGCCCAGAAAUGAUGGCAAACAUGAGCGAACAAUUUGGUUUCAAACUUUCGCAGGAGGAUGCAGAAAAAGCUCAACAAGCAAUGUCAUCUUUGUCACCUGAUGCCUUGGAUACAAUGAUGAAAUGGGCAGAUAGAAUUCAACGUGGCGUAGAAGGUGCUCGGAAGACAAAAAAUUGGCUUCUGGGAAGAUCCGGGAUGGUUUUGGCAGUAGUUAUGCUCCUUUUGGCAUUCAUCCUUCACUGGUUUGGAUUCAUUGGUAAGUAG